AUGACCCGUGUUAAAGCGAGACUGGCUUUUAAGAGACGCCGAACACCACAGGAAACGACUUCUGGAGAUAAAGUUGCUGACGAAGAACCUCCUAGUGUAUCGCCCACGAGACCGUCUUCGCGCUAUUACCCGGCAAGUACGAGUUCACGCCCGGGUUCCAGUCUUGGUCAUGCUCCCAAUUUCUCAGCCUCUGUCACCGACGGUCCAACGUUUCCACCUCGAGUGGGUUCUCCAACGAGACCGUGGACACCAUCUCGAGGGUCAGAAUGGGCUAGACCUCCGCCUCCACCCUCUGUGUCAAGCGUGAACUACGAGCCGCCCGAGUUGAACGGAGGACCUCGACCUGGAACGCCUAGUUCAAGGUAUGGAGGUAGUCCAAGGAGGCCGCUACCUCCCGCGCCGUUGUUCGCUGCCCCAACGGCAGCUGGCGAUGGAAUGGAAACGAGCAUUGACAUCGGUGACGGCCCUGAUGGCGAUGAUGAUGUUUUUGGAAGUGGACGCCGUAGAGUCGACAGGAACGACGCUAGGGCCAGUGUUGUGUCUUACGAUACCUUUAUGAGUGAAUCAACCAUGGUUACGGAUGAAAAGGACGAGAUGAGCAAGGUCGAUCUAGAUGAACUUGAUGACGCGGACGAGAUGGCCGACGGGAACAUGCACUAUGGUCCAGCACCAGAAAAACAGAGUCGUCGCGGUGUCCGUCAGGCCCAGGUGACGAGGAAGGAGGUCCAGUUGAUCAACGGUGAAUUAGUCCUUGAGUGUAAGAUCCCGACAAUCUUGCACAGUUUCCUACCACGCAGAGACGAGCGUGAGUUUACGCACAUGAGAUAUACUGCCGUGACUUGCGACCCGGAUGACUUCACUCUUAGAGGCUACAAGCUGCGCCAGCAGAUUGGAAGCACUGCGAGGGAGACGGAACUGCUGAUCUGUGUCACCAUGUAUAACGAGAAUGAAAUCGACUUCACUCGCACGAUGCACGGUAUUAUGCGGAACAUCAGCCAUUUCUGUUCGCGCAGCAAGUCGCGUACCUGGGGUAAGGAUGGAUGGCAAAAGAUCGUUGUCUGUAUCAUUUCAGAUGGACGUCAGAAGGUCCAUCCGCGCACGCUGAAUGCUCUUGCAGCGAUGGGUAUCUACCAAGAUGGUAUCGCGAAGAACAUUGUCAACCAGAAAGAGGUCCAGGCUCACGUUUAUGAGUACACCACCCAGGUGUCACUUGACGCUGAUCUCAAGUUCAAGGGUGCUGAGAAGGGAAUCGUCCCUUGCCAGGUUAUUUUCUGCUUGAAAGAACGUAACUUGAAGAAGCUCAAUUCACACCGUUGGUUCUUCAAUGCAUUUGGUCGGGCCUUGCAGCCAAACGUCUGCAUUCUGCUCGAUGUUGGUACAAAGCCUGCGCCUACAGCCCUGUACCAUCUCUGGAAGGCUUUCGAUCAGGACUCCAAUGUCGCCGGUGCGGCCGGUGAGAUCAAAGCUGGAAAGGGCAAGGGCUGGUUGGGUCUGCUUAAUCCAUUGGUUGCUUCGCAGAACUUCGAAUACAAGAUGUCUAACAUCUUGGAUAAACCGCUGGAAUCGGUCUUCGGAUACAUCACUGUGUUACCCGGUGCGCUGAGUGCUUAUCGUUACUACGCCCUGCAGAACGACAGCACUGGCCAUGGUCCUCUGAGCCAAUACUUCAAGGGAGAGACCCUCCAUGGUCAAGAUGCGGAUGUCUUCACUGCCAACAUGUACCUAGCUGAGGAUCGAAUUCUCUGCUGGGAGUUGGUCGCUAAGAGAGAGGAGAGAUGGGUCCUGAAGUUUGUCAAGUCCGCUGUUGGAGAGACUGAUGUACCUGAUUCAAUUCCCGAGUUCAUUUCUCAACGUCGUCGAUGGCUGAACGGAGCCUUCUUCGCCGCCGUGUACUCUAUUGUCAACUGGCGCCAGAUCUGGAAAACCGACCAUACUCUUGUACGAAAGAUACUUCUACACGUAGAAUUCGUCUACCAGUUUUUCCAGCUCCUGUUCACGUACUUCGGUUUGGCAAACUUCUACCUGGCGUUUUAUUUCAUUGCGGGAUCUCUGAGUGAUCCAAAAGUUGAUCCAUUCGGUCACAAUAUGGGAAAAUACAUAUUCGUUAUCUUGCGAUAUGCAUGUGUCUUGCUCAUGGCUCUCCAGUUUAUUCUAUCCAUGGGCAAUCGGCCUCAAGGUGCCAAAAAGAUGUUCCUGUUUGGAAUGUGUGUCUAUAGUCUUAUUAUGGCUUACACGUCUUUUGCUGCCAUAUACAUGGUUGCCAAAGAACUCGUGGAACGAAACAAUCCGAACUCCGAUCUGACGAUUGGGAACAACUUGUUCACGAAUAUCAUCGUAUCGACACUCUCCACCAUCGGCCUUUACUUCUUUAUGUCAUUCCUAUACCUUGACCCUUGGCAUAUGUUUACCUCGUCUGCGCAGUACUUCGCUCUCCUGCCUAGUUACAUCUGUACUUUGCAGGUGUACGCUUUCUGCAAUACGCACGAUGUGACGUGGGGUACUAAAGGUGAUAACAUGAUCCAUACGGACCUGGGAGCUGCUCGGGCCACUGGUGGCUCCACUGUUGAACUGGAGAUGCCAUCUGAGCAGCUCGAUAUUGAUAGUGGAUAUGAUGCGGCACUUCGCAAUCUGCGUGAUCGCCUGGAGGUCCCGGCUCCACCCGUGCCGGAAAGUCAACUACAAGAAGAUUACUACCGCGCAGUACGAACGUACAUGGUGUCUAUCUGGAUGAUUGCGAACACUGUUCUGGCGAUGGCUGUUUCCGAAGCCUAUGGCACGGAUCACGGUGGCACAAACAUAUAUCUCGCCAUCAUUCUUUGGUCUGUGGCAGCCCUUGCAGCCUUCAGAGCAAUUGGAUCUGGCACUUUCGCUGUUCUCAACGUGAUACAUAAGAUUGCUGAGGGAAAGAUGAAGUUUGCAGCUGGCAACAUUGGAGGCUCUGGAUCAUCCCGUGGAAACCAAAGCACCACCGGUGGUUCGACAACUUAUGGCGGCAAAGCAGGCAUCAGAGACAAGAUCACGGACAUGGGCUGGACCGUGAAGAGAAAGACGGGAAGCCUGGCGGGAACCUUGAUGUUCUGGAAGAAAUAA